AUGAGCGAUAACGAGGAGCGCGAUGACUUUUUGGGUGAAACACCGGAGCAUGCGUCCUCCGACGAACUGCAAAGCCUGCCGGAUGAUGGGGACACGAAGAGCAGCUCCGAACGUAGCUCCGAACGCAGUCAGCCCUUGACGGAUCCUGAGCACGACGAAAGCAGCUCCGAAGGUCAUGGCGAAAUAACUGAGAACUACGCUUCUCAAGCACCACAUCAGAUUCUCCCAGCGCAAGAUGUCCCUAAAUCUCCGCCGUCAGCCGGUCACAAUGCAGGCGAGGAUGAUACCGAACAGCUAUGGAAGAUGUCAGGGUUUCUCAACAACUCAAAUGAACCUACCACAGGACACAUUGGGGAGAAUCUGAUUGAGCCUGCUCUGGAUAGCACAGAACAAUUUUUUAAACCAAGCGAACUGGAGUUUUCCACCGCAGGACUACCCAUCGAAGCCACGGUAGGAGAGGAGGGACAAAUGGAGGAAGAUGAGGAAUUGGAGGACUAUGUGGAAUAUGAGAAUGGUGAAUUUGAAGAUGGAGAGAAGAAUGAGGAAGAAGAAAGAGAAGAGGAAAUGGGAUUUGAUAUGGAAAAGGAAUUGGAAAACGAAAUUAAAAAAGCAAUGGAAAAGAAAGAAGAUGGGGACGACGACAACAGCAGUACACAUCAUAUUAUCGCAGAUCUUCUGGCAGAACUUGACACAUCCAUAGCAACGUCAAGAGCUACAGCGAAAUACGCUGCAGUGCCAAGUCUGAGCACAAUCGAAGAAGUCAGCGAGACGCCUACACCGGAGAGACGAAGAACAUCGCUCCAGCAGGAUCACCAAAUCAAUGAUAUUGCAGAGGCUCGUACCAUCGAUGGAGAUGCCGUCUUCAUGGAGACAAGACACGAUGACGCAGAUAAUGCUCGGGAGCCGGAAGAGGUGACCACAGUGGAAAUGGAUAUAGACGAAAGGCUAGAUGCAACACAGCGCCAGAGUUCACCUGGCGUAGAGACAGAAGAAUUGCCAGCAGUAGAAAAGGAAGUUCCUGAGGGGACGCAAUCUGAUGGACCCGAAGACCAAAUUACCAACGAAAGCAGCAUUGAAGAAUCUCUACCUGCCUCGGACAAAAUCGGCGUACAAGAGCACGUUAUUCCGGAGGAAGUUCCAGAGACUCAGAAUUCAAGUGAUCAGAGGACCAAAGAGAUGUCACCUCAAGAAUCUCCGAGCAACUGCACGCAGCCUGGAGUCACCGAUUCAUCAUCAAGAUCUUCUUCGCUAUCACACCAAUCCAUGGUCAAAGAGGGUUUAAGUAGCGUCCACACUUCGCCUCCAGAGGAAGCUACCCAGAAUGUACCCACUCUCUUAUCCCCAAUAUCGCCACUGGAGCUUGCAAAUUCUUCUGAAAGAAGACGAUCAUCGGUUCGCAAUUCUCUUUCGCCGUAUCGAAAAGCUUCCCUCCCUGCGGUAGCUGUCUACUCACCUGAAUUACAACCUUCUGCACCAGUGUCUCCCAAAGCAGCAAAGGAUGGUGGAAAUGAUGCUCCCCUCGAUCCUUCCGACCAAAAGCAUCUCAAUCCUCUUGAAUCAGCCGAACAGUCCGCCAUCACGCCUGAUCCAGGAUCGCCAUCAUGCCCACCGUCGCCGUCACAAACAGUGCCUCCUUUUGUCGACACGCCGCCACCCUUGGAGCCUCAGUUGCCGCAAACCGCAAAGGAGGAGUUUGAAACUGACGCCAAUGACCCAUCAAAGCCAGUAGGUGGGUCGACACCAGGACAAUUGGACAUCCAACAGGAACAUAUGGAACCACCGGCCACACAGCAGGAACUCACGCAACCGCCGGACACACAGCAGGAAGCCACGCAACCGCUGGACAUACAGCAGGAACCUGCAGAAUCAUUAGGCUCUCUGCAGGAACUUCCAGAGCUCACGAUGGAGCCUACCGAAUCCCUACCAGCCCCGUUUACCCUGUCUCCGGAGACAUUGGAAUUCCUCGCAAAACUACCACUCCCACCUCUACCUCCCCCACCAGCCGCCCCACAACAACAACCAGAGCUCUCAUCAUACCCGCACACCAGACCCCCAGUCCUAGACUGGCAUCCCCGCCACCCUGAACGCAACCACCCCCACCCUUCCCACCUCCUCGACUCCUACCGCCCCGGUCUCCCCACCACCACCGCCACCACCGCACCAGAAACAGCAGCAGCAGCAUCGCUCGAAGCCUGGACCCACACCCUCUCCGCCCCCCUCCUCCUCCGCCACGCCUUCCUCGGCAACCUCCCGCGCCGCCCACCUCCUCCUCCUCCUUAUCCUUCCACCACCACCACCAAACCACCACCACAACCGCAAACCGAAACCCACACCCUCACCCACACCAUCUGCCCCCACCGCACCCUCGUCCUAACCCGCCGCUACACUCCCCUCCCCCCCUGCCCCCGCUGCCACGGCCGCGGCACCGUCCUCCACAACCGCCGGUCUCGCCGCCCCCGCCCCGCCCAAUGCCUCACCUGCCUCGGCCGCGGCCGCGCCCAUACCUCCACCACCGCCUCCCUCGCCCCCGGCGCACGGUUCGUCCGCGCCGAAGGGCCAAAGGCGGAGGCGGUGGGCGGGUUUGUCGAGGGGUGGGGGGUGGAGGUGGUGCGGGAGCUCAUCGCUGCGAGCGACGGCACGGGGUGCGUGGAUGACGGCGGAAGGUGUCGGCGGGGGGACGCGUGGCGGGAGGGGGAUUGGGAAGAAGAACUGGUGGGGGAGGUGGUGGGGGCGAUGGGGAGGUUUGUAAGGGAGAGGGAGGGGGCGAGGGCGGUGGAGAGGGUGGUGGUGGUGGGGGAAAGGCGUGGGAGGUGUUGGAGGGAGGUGAAGUGUUUGUUGGUUAUGGGGCGGAUGGGAGAGAGGAAGAGGGAGAGGUUGAAGGAGAGGGUAAGGAAGAGGGGGGGUGAGCGGCGGGAGGAGGAGGAUGGAGCGAGGAAGAGGAGGAAGGUUGAUGUUUGA